ACCUUGUAGCUCCUCCCCCAGCACCAAGCGCGUGCGCACGAGCAGUGCGUAAGCCUCCAGCGCGCCUCGCAGUGAGCGGAGUCAUGAUGGCGGCGGACAGGCCGUGCUAAUGAGACAGCGAAAUCACCGCCGCGACGAGGAUUAUAGAUUCGCGGGCAUAGCUAGCCAUUGACCCAGAGAGAAAAAAAAGACUGCGUAGGGGAAGUUUGCCUCAGCGGGCACGGACGCAGCCGGUGACGGGUAUUACUGCACCUCAGAAGGGGAUAAGGCGGUGCCACCCAGCCUACUUUACUGCAGAGUUUGGCAAGGCCCGAGGUCGGGGAUAGUGACACCGGGUAAACACGGAGGGUACUACGUGACUGACAGGGAAGCAACCAGCAGCCACCAUGCAGAUCACCUUGAAAACUCUCCAGCAGCAGACCUUCAAGAUCGAAAUCGACUCGGAGGAAACGGUCAAAGCGUUGAAAGAGAAAAUUGAAUUAGAAAAGGGCAAGGAUGCAUUUCCUGUUGCUGGCCAAAAGUUAAUAUAUGCAGGUAAAAUUCUGAAUGAUGAAACAGCCCUCAAAGAAUACAACAUUGACGAGAAGAACUUUGUAGUGGUUAUGGUGACAAAACCAAAAGCAGCAACUUGUCCUUCAGCACCAUCUCCAGCAGCAUCCCAGCCAUCCAGCACUGUCACACCAGCCCCAGCAUCACCCCCGCGUACAUACACACCAAUUGCGCGAACCAAUGCCCCCGUCCCUUUGCCUGUUCCUUUUUCUGUUCCCACCAUCCCUCCACCUCCUGAAGUCACUUCUGAACAGAUGACAACCACGGUUUCUCAGGAAGAGAAACCUGAAGAGAAGACAGUAAGCCCACCGGAGACAGUGAACCCAUCAUCAACUGAGUGCAGUUUACCAACUGAUUCCUCACGGCCAUCGAUUUUUGAAGAUGCCACAAGUGCUCUUGUGACAGGUCAGUCUUAUGAGAAUAUGGUAACUGAGAUUAUGUCAAUGGGAUACGAGCGAGAGCAAGUCAUUGCAGCUUUGAGAGCUAGUUUUAACAACCCUGACAGGGCUGUGGAAUAUCUUCUUAUGGGCAUUCCUGGUGAUCGUGAAGGUCAGGCAGUUGCUGAACCCCCUCAAACACUUACUACUACUCCUACUACUCCUACUCAGCCUCUGCCAGUGGCUGCAGGUGCCGCAGCAACAACUACUACACCCACCACACCUUCAACUGGAGGAAACCCACUUGAUUUCUUGCAGAAUCAGCCUCAGUUUCAACAGAUGAGGCAAAUAAUUCAACAGAAUCCUUCUUUGUUGCCUGCACUGCUACAGCAAAUUGGACGCGAGAAUCCCUCUCUAUUGCAGCAAAUUAGCCAACACCAGGAACAGUUUAUUCAGAUGUUAAAUGAUCCAGUCCCUGAAUCGGGUCAGAGUGGAGGUGGCAGUGGUGGAAGAGGAGUAGUAGCUGAGGCAGGAAGUGGUCAUAUGAACUACAUUCAAGUUACACCUCAGGAAAAAGAAGCUAUAGAAAGGCUAAAAGCUCUAGGAUUUCCAGAAGGACUGGUGAUACAAGCUUAUUUUGCCUGUGAGAAGAAUGAAAAUCUGGCUGCCAACUUCCUCCUACAGCAAAACUUUGAUGAUGAUUGAAAAGAAGAGACUAUAUUUUUUAUCUCGCUUCACACCAGUGCAUUACACUAACUUUGCUCACUGGAUUUACUGGGAUGAUUUUGGGCUCAUAUCCACAAUAAUUUGGUGUACGGUAGAAAAAAAAAUGGGAGGGGGGGUGGGGUUUUGGGGAAGUAAUGGAGAAACUAGAACAUGAAAUUAAAAACUUAAAUCUGCUUUAAUUGAGCAGUUAUUGAAGUCAGACUGUAUUAUGAAGAGAAAAAGAGAAAUAAAAAAAAAAAUAUACAAUGAAAAUACAGCUUCAGCAAGCAUUUAUUCCUUAAGCACCAUAAGAUAUAUUCUCUAGAUCUUAUCUCUUUAUUAGCCUACUUAUAUCCAGAAUUUUAGUGUAAUGCCCUGCUUCCUUUUUUUCUUUAACUUAAACUUUGGUGUUGAGAGUAAGCCCGUGCUAACAGGGAGAAUUGUGUGCUUCCUGGUUACAUGGGGUAUAACCUUACGUGGAAGCUUGCAAUUCCAGCAAAAAAAUAGGUGAUUGUUUGCUGCUUCUGAAGAGGGGAAAGCACAUAUGUUAAUGUGCAGAAACAAUUUGACAGAGGAAAUGAUGUGAAAGAAAAGUUCAGUAUCUCUUUCCUUCCAAUAAAAAAAAAAUAACCAAAAUGCAAAACUAAGCCCUGUUCAUUGAGUGCAAAGUGCCCACAUCUGAUUUAGUAAACUGAAUGAAGCAAUUUUCCAGUUGCCUUUUCAUUUUCCUUUCCCCGCCUUUGACAGUUUAGAGGUUCAAAUCUGAUUAGCUUCCCACUUGCUGAUUACUUCCAGACAGCCGUAAAGGUUUGUUAAACAGCCGUUGCAUGGUUUUGAUACAUCCCAUUUGUGUGUUAAGUAUGUUUAUUCAGUUAUUAUUCUUUAUCUGUGUCAGCUGAGAAAAUGCAGACUUCUCACCCUAACACUAUGUACUCUCCUAGAACUACAUACAUGUAGCAUGUUAUGCAAUUCACUGUUACUGCUACUUAAAAGGAAGAUUACUCCUUAUAUCGUAAAUAGGGUUUCUUUGCACCUGGUAUUCUACUUCAAGAUGUUCCCUGCUUUGAUGACGCUGGCAUGGCAAAAUUUGGCAGCACAAUAAAAUGUGUGAUAUUUUCAUAGAGAGCAUGUUGCAAUCUACAUUGUAAACACUUAGUGUAUGUCUAAUGCUUUUAUAUGGGAAAUUGGAUAGAUAAUUCUCCCCCCUCCAAAAGUUAUGCACAACAUUAAACAUUCUCCUUGUA